AUGCUCCAAAAAUCAAAUGCUGGUAUCACAGAAGUAGGCAAACAGCGCGAAUCACAGGAUAAAGCAGUAAGCAAUGGACAGUACUCUGUUUCAGCUACUACAAAUACUAGUCGUCAGGGUGGUACUAUCACACAAACCCUCUUACUGUCUUCAUCACUUUUCGAUCAUGUGAAAAAAUUGCCGACACUUAUUUUGACUCUUCGAGACAAACUUAGCGAUAAGCUGUCUAAAAUGUCGCAACAAGAACAAGAUCAGUAUCUCGAGCAACAUCUCAAUGAUCUUCAUGCUAUGUUGCAUCGUAAUAUUAACGAUUUUCAAGAAAUAGUGCUCAGUGCUCGUCCAUCUAUGGACCAAGUCAAUACACCUGGUUAUGAUCAGCAGCGAGAAAUGUACAAUCAGGUUUUACAAAUAAGUACUGCAAUGAUUAAAAGAAUGCGAGAGACGAUCAAAAAGACAAUGGAUGAUUACAAACUGUUCAUCGAAGAAGUGUGGAACGCAAUAUGUGCGGGGCAAAGUUCAUCGCCAAUGCUCAGUAAAUUCCAAGCGAAACUCGAGCAGAUGAUGAAAGAAUCAUGGGAGCCAAUCUUCGCAGAUGUUGAAAAACUGAAAGCUGAGAUAGCCCACUUGAUUUUGUGUUCAUUUAAUCCAUAUCAAAAAGAAGAAAGUAUUUUCUUUUCUAGAUAUUGCAGUCUCGAGUUGAACUGUGAUUUUUUUCUGAGCAAUAUUCACUUACUUGCUACUUAUUACGUACACGGACAAAGUAAUAUACAAUGGUCAACCAGGCAGAAUAAAUUUUUAAAGUCAAGCAACAACGAUACAGCCAAGUUGGAAUCGAUUUUUCUUGAAGAACUUGAAACAACUCGACAGAAUGUAAAUGAUAAUCUUGAUCAGAUGAAGCGAGCAGUGUUGGACAAGAAGCCGGCAACAAAUGCACCUGAUUUUGAGGUCAAGAAUGCUGAAUAUGCUCAACUACUUUCAGUUGCUACAAAAGGCUUUACUAUGUUACGCGAAUGGAUUAAAAGUCUUUUUGACCAGGUGAUGCAAGUAAUCAAAAGCAUUAUUUCUUGGAUUGCAGAGAAUAUUACUGUCGUAGCUAAUGCAGUUGGCAAUUUCUUCAUUCGUAUAUGGACUACGUUUUUCUGA